AUGCUCAAUAUGCGGGGCGUUGGUAGUACGCGCGUGUACCGACUGUGGCACCAGCCACCCAUCCUGGAGAAAAGCCUAAGUGAAGAGAGUGCAGCUCUUCUAGGCGACAACGGCGUCGCCGCCUGCUGCACAAACGUGAUUAAGAACCUUCAGCUGGUCGCUACCAAUUUUACGCCCAUUCGCCAACCCAGACCUGUGAAGUCCGGUGCCCGUGAGACUGGCGUUGAUGGUAGUCUCUUGGAGAGACUGAAAUCGAAGGCAAGGUCAUGUAUUCAGGAUCUGGAAUCCACGCUACACCUGAUCGAGGGCUCUAUGCAAGACGUGGAUCUGUCCGAGUACUUGCACUUCCACCUACCCAGCAAGCCCACAAUAACAGAAGAACGCGCUCUUCAGAGCGUUGACAGUAAUAGAAAGAAACCGACUAAGGAAAAAGAAGCAAAAUUCCGAUCCGAUCAGAAACCAAACUUACACAAUACCAUCCUCAUUUUGAACUGUUGGAUGACUUCAUUGCCGCAGACUAUUCGCAAUGAAAUUCGAAUUCUGGAGGAGGAAAAGGACCGCAUAUUUGAAAUAAAUAUGCACAUUCUAUGCCAUUUUGAUGUCGGGCAUGUUUAUCAGACGACGGUAGGCGCCAAAAGCGCCUUUUUAAAAGGCCUGUGGAACAUGGCUAAUUCAGAACAGCCGGAACCUGCAACCCCAGAAGCAGUUAACGCGUUGGAUGAGAAGUUCACGCGCUUGAAAGCUCGUGCUGGCAACUUUACCUCUGACGUGCUCAGGUUAAACUCUUUAAAUACCGUAAUGUAA